GCAUUUGACCCAGAGAACAAUAGAUAACUUGUGUGACGACAAGCGUCACCAUAGUUACUGCCCGGAUAGGGACAGUCCCGCAGAAAUGGCGCGAGGUUUGAGUGAGAAGAUUUGUCUGCCCUCAGGUGAUGAACAGGUGGUUUAAAGGUACGGCACGAUCGUACUUGCUUCAGAGACAACGGCGAACACUUUGCACGCAUUGCUACCUACGUGAGCAGCCGAAAAGACUCCAGUAGACAUGGAACAUCCGAUGAUUGUCGCUCUCGUGAUCGCUGUGAUGACGUCGCCCCUCAUGACGUCUGCUCGUCCGACUGAUCAUCCGAUUGACGUAGAUGGGUCGUCGUCUUCAGACCUGGACCAACAGUCACGUACAGAAGACAUCCCACUAUCUGUCACGCACCCAAAAAGUGUGACAGCUCUACAACAAGCCUCAGAAGAAGACGAGACCAGGAGAAACCCCACUGUCUCGACGACAGAAAAUCUUCGUGAGAAGUUUCUUCAAUUUAACAACUUUGAUCGUUUGGAGGGAGAAGCGAGCUCGGACGGCCUGUUGGCGAGGCUAGCUCACCACCAGCUCCGGUACCCCGUGUACGGCCGUGGGGACGCCGCCGUCCACUCCCGCCGGCCAAGAGAUGUGACAGACUCAGGUUCAGAUUCAGACUCGGACGCUCUACCUGAGCACUACCGAAGGCACCUCUCCCAGCCCCCGAUCCCUUUCGACGACGGUGCUAACAUCCAAGGCCGUUCUGUCUGCCCAUGGCGGUAUGAGGACGACUUUGAGGCCAACCGGUUCCCGCACACCCUCCGGGUAGCGGUGAAGACGCACACGGGGUCCCGCUGUAUCGACCCUGCCACGGGGGCUCCUCGGCGCGACCUGCGCUGCCUGCCGGUGGAGUACAAGCUCAACGUCCUCCGCAAGGACAGCGAGGAGGUCUGGCAGAUUUCGCCGGACCCGGAGUACGUCACGGUGGGGUACACAUGCGCCCGGUCCAGGACUGCAUGAGCACGACAAAGGCCUACGUCACAUUUCCAAACCGGGGCUCGACCGGGCAACUUUUGGGAACGAAAAAGUAUGAUAUAAAAGGCACCAAACAACACAAGACGUAAUAGUCGUGGGCAUUAUUUGUGUAAAUUUUUAUACUUUUCUAUGUUUCGUUUCUACAAACAGCCCGGCCGGGCCCCGGUUUGGAAAUGUGACAUUAGCCAAGGUGAGGCUGGAAGUGAAGAGAUGAUCUUCAAUGAACUUUCAGCUACUAUCAAUUAAUGCAUUCUGGCAAUGCUGUCAAAAUUUUAUUUAUGUCGUUCUUGUUAGUGCCUGGCGACAAAUCUUGCUUAAUCUGCAAUGAUUGACAAUACGUACACUGCAAUAGUUCAAAUGUAAAGACAACCAUUGCGCAGCAUAUAUUAUGUUGACGUAAUGUAACCCUUGUAAUGUUCUUGUUGAGCAGGAAAUGAUAAUGCGGUACAUACUAGGUAUG